UUCCUCAAGUUCAUCAUCUGGGGAAUUCUUGGCAGCAUUCUAGCGAUCCUGGGAUUUCUAGGCAACACUCUAUCCAUGGUAGUGCUGUAUCGACGUCAGAUGAGGUCCUCCACAUCAUACUACCUUAUCUCCCUGGCCAUCUACGACAAUGGAAUCCUACUCGGAAUGGUCGCAUACUUCUGCCUCCCAUCUAUAGCUCCGUACUCGUCCCUGCUGACACACUACCAAACGGUUUCUUCGAGGACUAUAAUCUUUGGCUACCCCCUCUCUCUUGUUGCCCAUAUGGGUUCCAUCUACACGUGUGUCGGAUUCACUGUUGAAAGGUUUAUUGCCGUCUGCUGGCCUCUGCAAGCAGCAAACACCUGCACCCGGUCCAGAACCGCCCGUGUUAUACUCUUCAUUUUCCUUUGGUCGUUGAUUUACAACAUACCCCGAUUCUUCCACUACGAACUGCAGGAUUCUGAAGAAGAAGAUGCAUCCAAAUGGAAUAUAACAGAAAGUGUCUCCAGCUGUUUGUUAAGCAGAACUAAAUGUUCGGAGAUGUACGAUUACGUCAAUGCUACCAAAGGGUGUGCGCAGUCUGUGGAUUUUAAUCUUGUGGUCAACACCAGUGACACGUUACAGGCAGAUUCUGGUUCAAGUUCUUUGAGUAUAAACCCGGGAUACACACAGUCCACGAGCCAGCGACCGCAUAAACUCACCAACUACAAAGAGACCCAAUUCGGCGCCGGAGAUACCUUCAAGCACAUCUAUCUGAUCUAUUUCCAACUGGUGUUCAUGUUUCUUCUACCGUUUGUAGCUAUCCUGGCCAUGAACUUUGGCCUGGUUCAAACGGCCAGGGGGUCAAAGUUCAUGCAGCAAGCCACGUGUGUCACGGCCCGGAAAGAGCAGAAUCUGGCCAUCAUGCUCAUCGCCGUCACCGCGGUCUUCCUCAUCUGCCAGUUCCCCACCAUUAUUGACAAUAUCUUGGUGGCGGUCGUUGGGGAGAACAAACUGCAGCAGAACAAUACCUAUGUGUGCUUCUGGAUUAUCUGCACCCUAAUGGUAGAAAUCAACGCAGCCUCCAACUUCCUCCUCUACUGCUUCUUCGGCAAGAAGUUCCGCAUGAUGCUGCUGGCAACGCUGGGUUUCAAGAAGAAAUACCACCAGGUCACCUACAGGAGUACGGUCUCCAGGUUCCGGCUCAAUGGCAACCGGAUGUGCGACAUGGAGGUUUCAGCCUUGUAA